CCCCGCGUAGGUAGACUCACCUGGACAGUACUCACGACCUAGAAGCGAGACUUGACGUCGACGAUCGCUACGCUCUGUGUUCGUCGCGGGGGUUUGUCUUAGCCCUUGCCAGUUGACGCCCCCAGACCUGGUGUGCUUACAGUGAAGCACAGCAGCGGUGGGGAGUGCUGGCUAGGUGGAGCUAGGCGUAGAGGGCCAGCGGACAGAGAAUGAGGAACUGAGACUCCCGACGCGAGACCAAAGGCAGAAAAGCGCGUGAUCUAGUAUUAUCAGCCAUGGCGUCCUCUUCAACCUCGGAGUGGCAGUUCCUGCAAUGCUUCGGCGAGCGGACGCCUGGCGAGGACAUCCAGGAGGCCGACAUCAUCUCGGCCGUGGAGUUCGACUAUGAUGGCCUGCACCUGGCUACCGGCGACCGGGGAGGCCGUGUGGUGCUAUUUGAGCGAGUCAACCCGCAUGUGCGCGGGCCGGGCAUGGACCAGCGGGCUCCUCCGCCUCUGCCACGUGGAGCAUCGUUUGAGUAUCGGUACAUGACGGAGUUCCAGUCGCACGAGCCGGAGUUCGACUACCUUAAAUCGCUGGAAAUUGAGGAGAAAAUCAACAAGGUCCGGUGGUGCCGGAGCUCAAACAACACGCGGAUGCUGUUGUCCACCAACGACAAGACCGUGAAGCUAUGGAAGGUCUACGAGAAGAAGGUGUCAUGCCUGUCGAACUUCAACUUGGAAGGCCGGAACAACGGUGGCACGGCCAACUCGCCCCGGCCCAACGCGCUGGCGAACAGCCCGGUCUCGCUGCGCCUGACGCAGCCGCUGCGCCUGCCCCGGGUGACCAGCACGGAGGUGCUCCUAGCGGCUCGCUGCAAGCGCGUGUUCGCGAACGCGCACACAUACCACAUCAACUCGAUCUCCGUGAACAGCGACCAGCAGACGUUCCUGUCGGCAGACGACUUGAGAAUCAACCUGUGGAACCUGGAGAUUACUGAGCAGAGCUUCAACAUCGUGGACAUCAAGCCGGCGAACAUGGAGGACCUGACGGAGGUCAUCACCUCGGCGGAGUUCCACCCGCAGCACUGCAACGUUUUCGCCUACAGCAGCAGCAAGGGAUGCAUUCGGCUGGCGGACAUGCGCAACGCGGCGCUGUGCGACCGGCACUCGAAAGCGUUUGAGGAGCAGGAGUCCCAGGCGAACAAGUCGUUCUUCUCGGAGAUCAUCGCCAGCAUCAGCGACAUCACAUUCAGCCGGGAUGGGCGAUACAUCCUGAGCAGGGACUACAUGACGUUGAAGCUGUGGGACCUGGCGAAGGAGAACGCGCCCGUUGCCACCUACAACGUGCACGAGCACCUGCGCGCGCGGUUGUGCGACCUGUAUGAGAACGACUCGAUCUUCGAUAAGUUCGACUGCUGCAUGAGCGGCCGCGGCGACGCGAUCGCGACUGGCUCGUACAACAACCUGUUCCGUGUGUUCGGCGCCUGGAACGGCGCGGACCUGACGCUUGAAGCGUCGCGCGACCCGAUGCGGAAGCGCCUGCAGCAGCCGGCCAAGACAAACCGGUUCGCCAUCCGCAACAAGAACGGGCCCAGCAAGGGGGGGCGGGCAAACGAGCAGUCGGAGUCGGGCACGGACUACGCCUCCAAGCUGCUGCACCUGGCGUGGCACCCGGAGGCCAACGUGGUGGCGGCGGCCGCGUCCAACUCGCUCUACAUGUACUGCGCGUAAGGCGUGGCGCUGCAGCUGGAGCAAGCCAUAGCAGUAGGGUCAGCAGAGUAAGCAGAAGCAGAGGCAUGGGGUGUAGGAUGUGUGCGUGGGCGUUCUAUGGCGCGCGGCGUGGGGGUUUUGUAUCGCCACGUGCUCUCGGGACUUUUAAAUGUGUGUUGUGAGGUGGGUGGUAACUUGGUGACAAUCAUAGGAGUCGAAACUACUUUCGCGCGGCUCAAGCGGGCACCCUGCGGUUCACGGUAUAUAAGCUUGUGAGUCGUCGUUGUCGUGUACCUGGGCAAAGUGCGUUUUACAGGGUGCGGUGUGGAGUACCGGUGUGCAACGGAGACGUGGCAGGUGGGGUAAACUUUGUCGGAGAUGGAGUACGCGAAGGCAAGGAAAACGGCCGCUUUGCACAGCACCUGCGAUUAGGUGCGUUUUGGUCGUGGCGGUCAUGUGCACAACAGUUGUGCAAGGUAGUGCUAGCACGCGCGCUUCGUGACCUACUAAGACAGGCUCUUAGCAGGCCACGCAAGAUUCGAGGAACUGGACGCUGGCGGCUGUACCUGCUUAGGGCAGUGAGAGCGGGCGGGAGCGAAGGGCGAAUCGACAGGCGGACGGACUAGCAGGAUUCAUGGCGACGACGUCCUUGAAUGAAAGGGCUGAUGGCGCAGCGAUGGUAGAAGGAUUGCAAGAGGCAUGGGCUGUAACAUGCCGUUCAGAGCGCGCGGUAGUAUGCCAGCCGCAGGCGCGUUGUACCCAUAUGAUGAGCAGGAGGAAGAGGCCAUGGCCCAUGGGUGACCGUAGAGCUUCUGCGCCUGAGGCUAGCCCUAGAGCAGAGAACCCUUCCAGGCUCCAACCUGCGCCAGUGCUGAGAUGAGGGGCAUCAGCCGAUGCCAGCGAAGGCCCGGGACUACGCUUU